AGAAUACAAGCUGUGGUAUAGCCGCAUAUAUCAUCCGCGGCCAACACCGACGAGCGUAAAGCGUCGGUACCGUCCACUGGUUUGCAGCGCUUAAGAAAGCGGAACUCAGAGAGCCGCAUAGAGCCGCAUAGAGCCGCACAAGACGAAACCGCUGCAGCGCAAGGAGCACAAAAAAUGACCGAGUUCCGCAAAUUCAGCGCCGCUUUGGACGAUGCCAAGCUCACGCUGCAGACCGCCGCCGCGACGGACAAUAGCGACUCCGCGACGGCGCGCCGCGACGCGGCCGAAGCGAUCCGGCGGCGCUGCGCCGAGGGCGACCUGCGGCGGACGGCGGACAAGUUCGCGGCGAAGCUCGAGGCGACGGACGACGUAACCGAGCCGACCUUCCUCGCGACACUCCAGACGGCGCGCCGGGUCCGGGACGCGGCGGCGGCGCGCGUCCACGCGGAGGAAGAGGGCGCCGCCGCGGACCUCGCGGCCGCCGAGGAGGUCGUGGCGGCGCUUGAAGCUGAAGCACCCUCCCGCACGGUCCAGAAGCCGCGCUACGGCGCGACGAUGCGCGCCAAGGUCGCGGCCUGUGUGGAAAUCAACCAGUGCGUCGGGUGCAUCACCAAGUCAUUUCUCGGCGACGACGCGGCCGUGCUGGCUCGGUCGAGCGGUGAGGAACUUGCAUCGCUACGCCAUCGAGCGAACGCGUCGUAAACUUUGAUUUACACACAGGUCGCCGCCGCGCGCGACCGGCUCGAGGCGACGCUCCGCACGGCCGCGGAGGUCGUGGACGCGCUGGACGUCGACGUCGCCGCCGAGGAGGAGGCGCGCGAGCGGGCCGCGGCCGACGAGGCUGCGCGGCGCGAGCGCGCCGAGGAGGCGAGCGAGCGGGCCGCGGCCGACGCGCGCAUCGAGGAGGAGCGGUCGGAGCGGGAGGCGGCGGAGCGCGCGGCGGCGGCGCGGCGCCUCGACGCGGCGCGGGCGCAGCAGGCCGACGAGGCGCGCGCGGCGCGGCGCGCGCGCCGGGACGCGCGCCGCGCGGCGGAGGCCGACGACCGCUCGCAGAAGGAGCAGGCGUCGCGGGCCUGGCGCCGCGGCGUCGCGAGCGUCGACGCCGCGCUGCGGACGCUGGCGGCGAGCGCGGGCGAGGCCUACGGCGACGCCGUCGCGGCGCUGCGCGACAUCCUGGAGGCGAUCGUCGAGAAGCCGGACGACGACGCGCGGCGGCGCCUCCGCUGCGCGAACGCGGCCUUCGCGCGCGACGUCGACAAUUUUGACGGCGGGCGCCAGGUCCUCUUCAGCGCGGGCUUCCAGCUGACGCACCGCUCGUCGGGCGUCGAGCCCGCGCAGGACGACGAGGAGGACGACUGGCAGGUCUGGGAGUCGCUGCUCGUGCUGCGCGAGCCGAACCCGCUGAGCGACGGCUUCGACGCCUGGACGGCCUGGUUCGACAACCUGAAGGCCUGCCACGCGCGGCUCCGCGACGAGGCCGAGCGGCUCGAGGCGUCGCGGCCCUCGAAGGGGCUGCUCGCCGGCGCGGCGCCGAGCUGGGUCGACACGAAGCGGAGCCUGUACUAGUUAUUGUUGGAUCUAUUUCCUGGGGCGCGAUAGGCAUGCCGUGCCCGUCGUUGAGGAUUUUGAGGCUUUCGCGAGCGUGCGUGCGGGUUGAGGCGGCGGGCGCGCGCGCUGCCUGCCUGUGCGCAUUAAGACUCUUAGUCCUGCCCCCGUGUCUCCGCGCGCCCGGGCAGCGCGGCAAACUCGUGAGGCCUCCUUGUCGCGCGCCCAUCAUCGUCCGGCAGCUAACAAAGCUCGGUUCGAGCCCCGGCAGCUUUUGCAACAUUGCCGCCCGGGACCGCCGGGACAGAAGGACUAGAGAGAUGCCGAGCCUCGCCGGCGCCCUGCUGCUGAGCUUGGGCAGCGCCGCGCCGCCGCGGGCGCCCGCGCGGGGCGGUAUCAAACUGAGCAGCUGCCCCAAGGGCGGCUCGAGCCUCGCCGCGGCGCACGACGACAGCGAGGCGGCGGGGAUCGAGACAUUUGCUCGAGACUACGAAAUCAGCACCUACGAAAACGGCAGCACGUGCGCCGCGCAAGCCGGCGAGAACGGCCUCGACGGCGCUGCCCCCAAGGCCCUGGCGACGAGCGCAGCAGCGAGGAACACGUGGCUCCAGCUCUACAAGAACUACGGCGCGGACGGCCUCUACGCCGACGCGGUCGACUCCGAGCCUAUCAAAGGCGCGGCGACGGCCAAGCUCGUAGCGAACAAGUACGAGGCGGGCGGAGUGCACGCGCUCCACGCCAUCGAGAAGACCGUCGGCAGCGACGUGCAAUACAAAAACUACCGGUCGGACGGCACCAUAUUGAUGUUGGCCCCGACCAAGGGCGGCGUCGACGUCUUGGACGUCGCGUCCGCCGAGCUGGCGCCUACGCCCGGCACCACGAUGCAGUUCAAGGGCGGCGUCGACGAAGAAGAAGCGGCCCAGAGCUACCUUGGGCGGACUUCCUGGUGCCUCUUCCAGGUACUCGCUUCGGUGGUUCCGCGGCGCAGUAGCUCGGCGAUGGGAGCGGCCUGGCGCUCGUCCGUCGUCGGCUACCUGGUUAUUUGGGGGGACGUCACCCGCGUGGCGGCGGAGACUUCGGUCCGCGGCCGCAGCGGCCGCAGCGACGACAACACCAAGUUCAAAACCAUGACGAAGACCAAUACCCCUCCGCGCGCGCCGGCGGGAGGCCUCGCGCAGCGGCGUGCGCUCACGGGCUACGUCAUGGACGACGAUAGCAUUAGAACGGCGGUGGCGGCUUGGUUUGCCGACCAGUCAGCCGCCGAGGCGACGUACGGCCACAUCUCGACGUGGGAGACUGGGGGGGUGACGGACAUGUCGCAUUUGUUCAGGGAGUCGUCCUUCAACGAGGACAUCGGCGCGUGGGACACCUCGGGCGUCACAUCGAUGUACGGGAUGUUCGCCACCUCGGCCUUCGACCAGGACAUCGGCGCGUGGGACACCUCCGGCGUCACGUCGAUGGAGUACAUGUUCGCCUUCGCCUCAUUUAACCAGGACAUCGGUGGUUGGGCGGUCCACAAAGUCACGGAUAUGAACGCAAUGUCCGCGGCGCUGCUUUCAACCAAGACAUCAGUGGUUGGGCGGUCGACAGCGUCACGGCUAUUGACUGGAUGUUCAUUGGCGCCUCGAACUUCGACCAGGACCUCGGCUGGUGCUUGGACGAGGGCGUUAAGUUCGACGCCUGGGGGGGGGGACACACCAUCCACGAUGCGUUCUCUGGCACCCAGUGCGAGUCGACGUUGUGCGGCGUCGUGCGGGGCCGUUCUGAGGGGGGCAUAUGUGUGACGCUUGCGCCGACAUUCUUCGGUGGCGCAUUUGGCGACGAAAGCAUCCGCACGGCAGUCCGAGCCUGGAUAGAGGACAGCGCCGCCGCCGAGGCAGCGUUCGGCCACAUCUCGACGUGGGAGACAUCAGAGGUGACGAACAUGAUGUGGUUGUUUUGUGGAAAUCAAGAUGAUGGUUGUAACACAGCCGCGGCGUCCUUCAACGAGGACAUCGGCGCGUGGGACACCUCGGGCGUCACAGCAAUGGCCUACAUGUUCGAAGGUGCCUCGUCCUUCAACCAGGACAUAAGUGGUUGGGCGGUCGACAGCGUCACGGACAUGACCGAGAUGUUUGAAGACGCCUCGGCCUUCGACCAGGACCUCGGCUGGUGCGUGGACGACGAUGUCUUUGACCCCUACGGGUGGUACGGCACUACCAUCCAAGACGCGUUCUCCGGCACCCCUUGCGCGUCGACGUCGUGCGGCGUCAUGCAAGGCAUCUGUGACUAUCCGAUGACCGACAGCAAUAUCAGAACGGCCGUCGCUGCUUGGUUUGCCGACCAGUCCGCCGCCGAGGCGACGUACGGCCACAUUUCGACGUGGGACACAUCGGGGGUGACGGACAUGUCGUUUUUGUUUGAUUCCCAGACGUCCUUCAACGAGGACAUCGGCGCGUGGGACACCUCUGGCGUGACUACGAUGCACUGCAUGUUCUGCGGCGCCUCGGCCUUCAACCAGGACAUUGGCGGCUGGAGCGUAGGAAACGUCCAUGAGAUGGGCCAGAUGUUCAACUUCGCGUCGUCGUUCGACCAGGACAUCGGCGGCUGGCGCGUCGAGCAGGUCACGGAUAUGCACUACAUGUUCCACUGGGCCUCGUCGUUCAACCAGGACAUCAGCGGCUGGCGCGUCGAGCAGGUCACGGAUAUGUACUACAUGUUCCACUACGCCUCGGCCUUCGACCAGGACCUCGGCUGGUGCGUGGACGACGACGUGGAACUGGGAAACGCGUUCUCCGGCACCCCUUGCGCGUCGACGUCGUGCGGCGUCGUACAAGUUGCAGACGUCGCUGACUGCUCGACACCAAAUCCGACGCUGCGCCCGACACCAAUGCCGACGCCAGUACCCACGCUGACGCCGCGCCCGACGACGCAUCGACCGACGCCGCGCCCGAUAGCAGCGGGCAGCCCGACGCCGCGCCCCGUGUUCAGCCCGACGCCACGGCCGACGCCCGCACCGACGCCGCGCCCGAUAGCCGCGGGCAGCCCGACGCCGCGCCCCGUGUUCAGCCCGACGCCACGGCCGACGCCCGCGCCGACGCCUGCCACUUCCGACGCCGUCGAAGGAUCUUUUACGUGCGCCGGCAUCACGUUGGCGGACGCCGAAGCGCACGCGCCCGUGUACGCGGCGGCGGUCGCCGAUAUUUACAACGUCGACGAGUCCAAGGUGAUCGUGACGUUCGCCGCGUUCCGACGACGCCUGCAGUCCUCCGGGGACGUCGUCGUGAGCUAUGUAGUGCUAUACGCGUCUGCCGCCGCCGCGAUGGCGGCCGCCAACGCGGCCUCGAGCCACACCGCCUCCACCUUUCAAUCGUCCGUGCAGAGCGCCGCUUCGAACAAAGGAGUCUCCUCUGUUUUCGCCGCGACGACCGUCCAAACCGUAGCGACGCCGGCCACGACAACGACAACGCCGCCGCCAUCGCCGCUUCCGCCGUCUUCGUCGGGCGGCGGCGGCGGGGGCGGCGGGGGCGGCGACCUCGUGGUCAUCGCGAUCGCGGUCGUCGUCGCGGUAUUAAUCAUGGUGGCCGUCGGCGCGGCAUAUUACUACAAGACCAAGAAGAAGGACAAGGGAACGAAGGUCGCACCCGCCCGGUCCAGAAGCUCUGCCUUUGCCGCCGGCGCCGCUGCCGGUGCGGCCACCGGCGCCGACGCUGGCGGGCCUACGAUGGAAGUCGGCGGGCCCACGCUCUCGUCGAUGAAAAUAGCUGGGCCCACGCUCUCGUCGAUGGAAAUUGACAUCCUCGGGCCGCUCUCCGGGAUGCUGGUGGCGCUCCCCGCGGUCGCGCCGCCGCCGCUCAACAUGUGUCUGAUGCCGUUUGCGCACGCCUUAGCCGAGCUGGGCCACGCGGUGCGCCGGGUGCGCUUCAACAAGGAGGCCGCGGCGCUGCUGCAGCGGCGCGGAGUUGAAAUCGCCCAGAAGCUCCAGGACGUCGUCCAAGCGACGCAGGGCCUGCCGACGGGACAGGUCGAGGCCGUCGCUCGGACGGUCACGGCCAUCGGCCAGGCGCUCGACGAGGCGGCCAAGUUUCUCCAGCAGUUCUCGCAGAAGGGCGCGUUCUCGAAGCUCUGCUCCGGCUCGCUCGACGCGCGGCGCUUCGGCCUCCUCGACAAGCGGCUUUGCGAGCUCAGCACGGAGCUCGGCUCGGCGUUGGACCUCCAGCAGCUCGCGCUGCAGGCGCAGCGAUUCGAAAAGAUCGAGGGCCUGAUCCAACUUCUGAGCCAGCAGACCGUCGACGCGAACAACCAGGCCGCGGCCCAGCGGGCGGCGGAGCUGUGCGGCAUGGCAAAGGGCAGCGCCGUCGAGCACGAGGAGCUCUCGGCGCUCGGGCUGAAAUUGGACCGGAUCGCCGCGGACGUGAGCACCGUCAUCGACCAGAACGCGCAUCAGCAGGAGUCGCUCGACGAAGUGAAAGAGAUGGUGGCGGCGAAGGACUCGAAGCUGCGGGGCCGCGCGCUGGCGCGCCAGGACAAGGAGCGGGCGCUGAAUGAUUUCGAGCUCGAGCUCGAGAGCGUCGAGGAGGUUCCCUUCGCGGCGGGCGCGAGUGGUGAAGUGUUCUCCGGCCAAUACCAGGGCGAUGAAGUGGCGGUGAAGAGGAUAAGCCUUAUUGGCAUGACCGCAUCCGGGCGGGCCAAGGUCCUGAAAGCGUUCUCCACCGAGCUCGCGAUCAUGGUCAAGCUUCGGAGCCCGCGCAUCGUCGCCGUGUUUGGGGUGGUGACGACGGACGCGUCGUACCUGGGCCUCGUCGUCGAGAUGUGCGCCGGCGGAACGCUGCGGGAGGCGCUCGAAGCCGACGACUACGCGACGGCCGUCGACGAAGCGCAGCGGCGGCGCUGGCUCCUGGACGUGACGCUCGGCAUGAGCUACUUGUACUCAAAGGGCGUGGAGCACCGCGACCUCAAGACGUUGAACGUCCUCCUCGACGCCUCGCGGCGGCGGUGCAAGGUGUCGGACUUCGGGCUCUCGCAGAGCGAGUCGCUGAAUACGGCGGCGACGCAGUCGACGAUGGGCCGCGGCGGCGGCGCGAAGGGGACGCCAGCGUACAUGGCGCCCGAAUUACUGGAUUCGAAUACCUUCACCGAGGAGACGGACGUGUACGCCUACGCGCUCGUCAUCUGGGAGGUGCUGACCGGAGACAUCCCCUGGCGCGGCCUCAACCCGGUGCAGGUCGCCAUGCAAAUCCUGACCAAGCAGGCGCGGCCGGCCGUCCCCGAGGGAGCGCCGGCGGACCUCGUCGGCCUCAUGCAGCGGUGCUGGGCCCACGAGCCCGACGCUCGACCCUGCUUCGCCGCGAUCAAGGCGGAGCUGCUCGGUGGCGGCCCCGAGACCCCGGCGAAGUGAUCCGAGCGGACGACGGAAGCAUAAGUACAACAACAUCUAAA